AUGCCCGUCGCUUUUCAAGUCGCUAACACAGCUACUAAGCCCCCUACUGUCGGUGACAAUGGAUACCAGGGCUUCAACCCAAGAAAAGAGACCCUGUCUAAGGGAUGGAAGUUCCGUGACGACGCGAGGCCGUUGUCUGAGGACAUGAUUGCUGAGCAUGAUGCUGCUGUCAAGGUUAGGGAUGGAUGCACACUGUACCGCGAUGUCUUCAGACCUGUUGGCAGCGAUGGGUCGGAAAAGUUGCCGGCUAUUGUUGCGUGGAGUCCUUUCGGAAAGAAGCACAAUGGUAUCGAGAUCAUGUCAAAGAAGGGUACGCUCAGUGGUCUGGAGCGAUUCGAGGGACCUGAUCCGGCAGAGUAUUGCCCGAAAGGCUUUGCUAUUGUCAAUGUCGACGCAAGAGGCGCUGGAGACCCGGAUGGCUCCAUUGUCAUCAUGGGCAAGCAAGAAGGAGAAGAUGGUCACGAUGUCAUUGAAGAGCUGGCCAAGAUGGACUGGUGCAACGGCUCCGUCGGUCUGGCAAGAAACUCACAUCUCGGUAUUGUCCAAUGGUUCAUCGCUGCCACUCAACCACCAUCACUCAAAGCCAUCGCACCCUGGGAAGCAAAUGGAGAUCUCUACAGAGAACAAUCCGUCCGUGGCGGUGCUUGGGACAACGGUCUCUUCGACUUCAUCAUCGAGCACGUCAUUCGUGGCAAGAGGGGUGUCGAGGACUUCAAGGAGAUGUACCGUCGCUCAAACACAAUGAACCCUUACUGGGAGGACAAGCGUGCAGAGAUUGAGAAGAUCAACAUUCCGACUUACGUCGUAGCUUCUUACUCGAGUUUUGUACAAACCAUGGGAUCUAUCCGUGGCUGGAUGCAGGUCAACGUAGAGAACAAGUGGCUACGAUGGGAUCCUUACCAAGAGUGGUUCGAUCUCUGGUCAGUCAGAGAGUCCAUCGAUGAGCUCGCCGAGUUCUUCGACCUCUUCCUCAAAGGCAAGGACAACGGAAUGGCCUCCCUUCCCUUCGGCGAUCAAGAAGCUGUCUACCCUAUCGAAGUUCAGGACUUUCCCGUCCCCAACACAGACUACAAGAAGUCGUACCUCGGCGAGAAGAACAACCUCCUCGAGUCUGCAUCAACAGAAACGAGCAUCGUCUCCUACAACUCAGAGAGCGGUAGCAACCCCGUCGCCCACGCAGCAUUCAAUCUCCGCUUCGAAAAGAAGACCAGACUGAUGGGUCUGCCCAAAGCAGUUCUCUACAUGUCCUGUGACGAUCUGGACGACAUGGUUAUUUACGUCCCCAUUCGUAAACUCGACAAGAACGGCAAAGCCAUGAUCGCCAUUAAUAUCCCCUACCCCGAUACUGCAUCCAUCCCAGAGUCAGAUUACAGUAACUUGAUGAUUUAUUUCAGACCCGCUGGUAUUCUUCGCGCCUCUCACAGAAAGACCAACCCUUCAAAAGCAUUACAUCCACAAUAUCCUUUCCACACUCACGACGAGCUUGAAAUUGGUCUAUGGGCUGCUGGCAUGGACUUUGAAGAGGGAGAGAGCUUGUCAGUACAGGUUUCUGGCGAGUACCCACUUGUAGAUAAGUUCAAGGGUAGAGGACCUCCCAAGGCAAAGGUCGAGGAGAGAAACAAAGGACAGCACAACGUUCAUCUUGGUGGUGAGUAUGCUAGUCACGUCAUCCUGCCUUUCGUCUAG